AUGGAGGCGCAGGUGGAGGUGGUAGCGCAGCUAGAGAGCCUGGCGUUUGAGCCUCCCACCGCCGGAAUGCCUUCGGGCGAGGAGCCGGCGGCGAGCGUGGAGGAGGCGCCGGACGAGAAGCCGGCGGCGAGCGUGGAGGAGGCGCCGGACGAGAAGCCGGCGGCGAGCGUGGAGGAGGCGCCGGGCGAGGUGGCGGCGGCGAGCACGGAGGUAGAGCUGGCGGCGGAGCCGGCGGCGAGCACGGAGGUUGAGCCGGCGGAGGAGCCGGCGGCGAGCACGGGGGUUGAGCCGGCGGAGGAGCCGCUGAACCCCCCGAGCCCCCGACAGGGCAGUGGGAAAGACCAGGCCACGGCGCCCUCAGCCGAAGGAGCGAACUGCUCGUCGUUGCCAGCAGGUCACGCAGGCCCUCGUGCCGCCGUCUCCUCGUCGGACUCGGACAGUGAUACAGAUUCAGAUACAUCAUCAACUACAUCUUUCUCUUCAUCGUCGUCUUCAGCAAUAUCUGACGAAGACGAUUGUCCAAAUGGGAAGGAUAACAGAUCAUACUGUGUUAAAACAAAGGAUGAGUUGCCUGUUGAUGAUCUGCCUCCUGUUGAAGACUUGUCAAUAAUUCUGCCUGAUAAUGUUGAACUGAAGCCCUUUGGGACAGUUUCCAGCAUCAUUGAACAGCUAGUAAUAAUUGAGUCACUGAAUGGCCUACCUCCAGUAAAUGAAGACAGCAUAAUUUUUAAGAGAGAUCGACAAGCAGCAGGAAAGAUAUUUGAGAUAUUUGGUCCUGUUUUACAUCCCUUUUAUGUGUUAAGAUUUAACAGUUCUGAACACAUCAAAGCAAAAGGUAUUAAUGUGCAAGAUGGGAUGUAUUUUGCUCCAUCAGUGGAGGACUUCACCCAGUAUAUAUUUGCAGAGAAGCUAAAACAGGAAAAAGGUUCAGAUGCAUCUUGGAAGAAUGAUGAAGAGCCUCCACCUGAAGCUUUGGAUUUCAGUGAUGAUGAAAAAGAAAGGGAGGCAAAACAGAAGAAGAAGCCUCAAAGUCAAGGAAGGAAGAAACCCAAGUGGGAAAGAAAUGCAUCAAGUGAGAAUAAUGGAAUUAAUCAAUCAAUGCCACAGCCUGCUUCAAGUUAUUCAAGGGGAUACUGUGGCAGAGGGUUCUUCAGGGAUUCAGGUCCUCGUCAAUCAGGCCCUCCAGGUUUUUUGAGACCGCAAGUAAGACCGCCACAGCAGUACCCUUCAGACAACAGAUUGUAUCGUGAAUCUCCAGCAUUUCCACAACAUCAAACAGAAAAUCCAGUGAUGCAUCAGUAUCCCUUUCCUCCUCCAGUUUUUGGUUCUGUGAAUAACAUGCAGCAAUUCCACCUUCCGCCUUCAAAUUCAAAUAUGAUGUGGACAGUUCCAAACACAUACAACUCAUACUCAUUUUUACCUCAUCCACCCCCCGCUCCACCUCCGCCUCCACCUCCUCCCUCCACCCCUUCUCCUAAUAGUCACUCAUUUCAGUUCAGGCCUUACUAAGUUUCUGUAAAUGUGCAUACAGAGCAUUUCAGUUUAAAGGGAGGGAGAACAGCCUGCCAAGGCUGAAUUCCCUUUUUUUUUUUUUUUGGAGAUGCUUCAUUUUUCCACAACGGUCGAACAAAUGUGGAGUUUAAUGCUUUAUGGGACAUCCAUAGCAAACUUUUCUAUAUGUGUUUUCUGUUUCUAAAAAGAAAACUGUAUGAUGAAAAUAACUGAAUAUUAAAUAAUGGUAUAUUUUUAUAAUGCCUACUAGUUUGGGAUGAUAAAUACUUUUGCAGACUGUUAUGUGGUGAUGGAAAUCUAUUUUUGAAUAAAAUUCAGAGCUUAUGUAACUACUGUCUAAUAGUGGUAAGGAUUUGUCUCAUAGAUGGUAUUUAAUAUCUUCAGAGUGGUUGCAUGCAGAUUUUGAAAUCUGCUUGCAUGGAAGCUAAAAAUCUGACACCUAAAUUUGUUAGGUUUGCCCCUAUUUAUAUAAGUCAUAAACUCUU